CAGUCAUCUGCAGCUAAAGCUGGCUGUAACAGCCAUGAUGUACCAGAGACCCUGGCACUCCGUACCAUGACCGUCUGCUUCAGCGAAUAGGCGUCCCCCUUCAGGAUAUUGCUCAUCAUUGGUGGUGGUCGGUGGCUAUGGUAGUCGAAGGUGAUUGAAGCAGAUCGAGGCACCCAUUACUCGCCAGUUGGCACGCAUGGACCACAACAUACCCCGACUUGGUUCUCAUUUUUCGCCCGCUUCCAUUUAUUGUUAUCGUCGGGCUUGUGUCCUUGCUCAGGAACUCGACGUGAUUUUAACUUGCUACACAGCUGACAGUUCGAGUUGUAUCGGUCCUUAUUUUCUGUUGCCUGCCACCAUCCAUUGAUUAAACAUCCAUCCGACUCUGUUAUUCGUCGCGAUGCUUCGCUGUGCGUAUCAUAAACUUCUUACUGGAGCCACCAUUUUGUACCAGUCUCAGAAGGUGCUGGCACUGCCAGUGCCUUCGGCGGGUGGUUCGCUCGAUCUGGCUGCGAAAACAUACAACAUGAAUCGCAUAUCGUUCAUUGUAGCGGCGACUAUGGGCGUCAUCAUGAUAAUAAUCGCCUCGAUUCAACUCGCGAUGACACUUGCCAAGUUGUUUGCGAAACGACGAUAUAUCGACAUCUUAAGAAAUCUAAUCAAUUGUGAGAGCGGUGCAGCAGCAAACGCGGCACUAGGAAAUCGCAUCGCAGAUGAUAUUCCUGCUGCAAGUUCUGAGGAGGAGCUUCCAUCCUCUGAGACCAUCGCGUCUCCGAGUGGUAGCCAGAGAGGUUCAGAGACGCUUGCAUCGCGUCAAGGACCUGCUCCUAUGCCCUGCGAGAGACUUUCUCGUGUUUAGAUCAUCAAUCUGAUGGUCCAAAGUGCUGACCUGCACACCACGCAUUGUACAGCUUGUACGGUGGCUUUUUCUGGAUAUCGAGAAGACAGGAUUUU